UCAGUCCGAAGCUGUAUGUUAUAUAGCAACAGGCGAAUGUAGGCUUACAAAACAGUAUUUACUCGGCUCAAACAGUAGCAUACCGGGGAAAACUUACGGAGUUGUAAAUAAUUUACAAGGACACGACUAUCCAGGAAUGACAUAUCGAGAUUAGUUUUCUAUGUAUUGAUUUUAUUUUUAUUUUUCAUUUUAACACGCUGAGUUAAUAUCACGGAGCUACAAAUCUUUUAAGCUACAGUUGACAAGUGUGAAGGUUGAGAGUCCUUACCAUGGAAAUAUGACUGGCGUUGAGGCCUAUCUUAACCGCUGAUAGUUAAAUUUGUUCUGUGAUACGGUAUAUCCUGCCGUAGUAUAUUAUACCCUUCACACUUAAGAAAUGCCAGUAGACGAUGACAGGCGGCUUCUCUAACACUACAGAUAGAAGAAAUUCUUGCUAAAGUACGGAGUUCUCCGAGUACACACAUAGACCGACCCCGUCAACUUAUCAUUUACCUAAUUGGUUGAACGGGAAUAUUUUUGUCGAAUCUGAAGUGCUUUAGUUUCCUAUGUGGAAGUGUUGUGAUUCUCCGACCCAUCUGAUUAUUUAGAAAUUUAGAAAUAUUUAUUUCAAAAUAUUUCCGGAUCUUUUUCUUUAAUAGCAUUUGAACCAAAUGUUACUUCGUCAUUGAGUAAGUUUAAGCGAAUCUGUGUGAUAUUUUUGGAAUGUGAUAUUUGCGAGGGAUAUUUGUGACGGGAUAUUUACACCUGUACACAAGCUACUGUAAGCAAGAGGAAUCCUCACGUGGCCACGUGUGAUGCACGAUCUAAGCAUUAAGAACAAAACAAUGAAUGGCUCACGUUACCGUAGCAACGGAAGUGACAGCAAGGACACCAUUUUCAAGGUGGUUUUGUUGGGAUGUCCAGGUGUCGGUAAGACAGCUCUUACGGUACGUUUCCUGACCAAGCGUUUUAUCGGCGAGUACUGCCCUACACUAGAAAGCAUCUAUAAAUACCGGACGAAUUUUGAUGACGAUGAGGUCAAAAUGGAAAUUCUAGACACCGCUGGACAGAUGGAAGAAGGAUGGAAGGACGGGUAUGCAUUGUGGGGAGAUUGUUUUGUGUUCGUGUAUUCCAUAACGGACAAGGACAGUUUUGAUGAAAUCAUCAACAUUAAGCGUCAGGUAGAAAACGUUCGCCAUUCCACCGCCAUUAGCGGUAUCCUAGUGGGAAACAAGUCGGACUUGCUCCACGAUCGUCAGGUUCCUGUAAACCAUGGUAUGGAAUUGGCGGACGAAAUUGGCUGUAAAUUUUACGAGGUAUCUGCCGCUGACUGGACACAGGUUUCCGUAAUUUCGGACAUGUUCCAAGACUUAUUUCGCGAGUGUAGGCGAGCUAAAAACGCGCGUGAAGGAAGACAGCGGAAGGCGAGUUCGUCCGUUCGAUUCAAACAGGCCAUACAGAAAGUGAUUUCCGGGAAGGCCCCAGCUCGGCGGACACUCAGUGCCUGAUAGUGGUGGUGCAGAAAGAAGUUUUUAUGUGAUAUUUAUUUUAAUUCCAUGGAUUAUAUUUUGAUUAAUAAAUUCGAUAAUUUGGAGCAUAAUUCUAUCAGCAAUAACAACAUCGAUGUCUUACUACGCAUGAGCAGUUUCCGCUUCCGGUGUCACACAACCCGCCAAACUGUUAAGGCAACAUCAUUUAAAGAAAUCACAGCGUUCGCCGACAGUCUCCCUGGUGGCUAUGAUAGGGAAUCUGACAGAGUGCUGGUGUAUACGGCAGUAGAGGAAUCAGACGGUUAUUCUCAACACUCGGGUCUGUUUAUAUCAUGGACGUGUGGUCAUUAUUCACCAGCUUUCCGGAAUGAAUCAUACAGGGAAUUUGCAACUUUAGUUUUUCUUUCAAUCUUGCGCACAAAGUACGCAUAUGUCACACGUAUUUUUACAGCUGUGAACAAGUGCACGAGACGAUGUGCUAUUUUAUACAUGGGAUACCACAGUCUGCAUAUCGUGUCGUUUUAUACACGUGUCUGUGCUGUUUCAUUUUCUCGCGUGGUGCAUAUGUGUAAAGAUGUACAAUGUUUCACUUCCUGCCUUAAACUGUUUUCAGAAGUUAGUUUACCGAAGACGAAAUUUCUCAGUGUGUCGAAUUACCGGUUUAUGAUACCCUGGAAUAGACAUAUCGACAUAAUUUAUGGAAAGCAUGCGAAUUUGUUCUGAAACGGACACAAUGAUAGUUUAAGGAUGUAUACUUUAUCACAGUGUCUUAUACCUCCUUGAUCAGAAAGCUGAAAGUUACACAGGAAUUGAUGACGCAAUAGAAAUAACACAAGAAUUGAUGACAAGUUGACAACACUCGGGAAAAUCUUACCAGAUGGACUUAUUAAAGGGAGAUAACUCUUACCCGAAAUCACGUAUACGAUUGUAAGUGGCAUAUACCCUUAAAUGAAUUAACACAGUGUCUCGACGAGGAUGUGAUGAGAAAUAUUCUGACGCGUGUACUAGAAUUCCAGUUACUCUUGAUUAUAAAUAUCGGAUACUGCUGAUGUUUGUAGGAUGAUGGUGUUUGGAUGAACAACAACGCUACGAAGUCUUUCAUAGUUUGAUGACGUGAUCCCUUUUGUGUGACGCACAUUUCUAUUAACUAUUAUUGGUGUUCUUCUGACCUGUCUGGGACCUUAACGAGUGUGACAAUAUUAAGAUUAUACGAAACGGUGAGACUGAGUCAAUUGUGAGUCCAAACAAUUGGACAAAAAAAAGAUAUAUAAGAAAUAACGUCGAAAUGAUAAUCCCACACCUCGUUUUGAACAUGACAAUGGCAUCUUAGGCAGGUAACAAAAACACUUAUCAUGAAAAUGGUCAGUUAAAAGUUGAAAGUAGGUAAGUUAUUUAUUUUGAAAGAGCUUAAAAGUUAUCAGAUAAAUUCAAUCAUUUGACGAUGGCCGUUCAGUGUGCUAGAUCAAAGUAUUUGCUUUUGAGACGACCUCUGCGGUGAAAAUGUGAUACGUUACUUACUGUGAGAGAGUUGAUGAUUAAAAUUAAUUUAACAAACAUUCCGGUGUUCUGUUCAUG